ACCAACCACCUGCUGCAUAAUUUAUUACCAUCGUCAGAUCACGUCACUAAACGGAACGACUUGAUCUCGGCAAGAGAUUAGUUUGUUUAGAAAAAGCCACUCUUUAUGUCCUUGAUAUUUUCGUUGCAAUGUCCCUUCCUUUUUACAGGAAAUAUGAUGUUUUGGGAGAGUUGUUCGAAGAACGUUGAUAAUGGAUUCAUGGAUUACUUGUCCCUUAAUCUUCCUAUUGUGGAGCCAAGACUGCUUGUGCACCAACCAACAAAAUUCUGCAACAAAAUUCAAGAACUACACAGACAUAGCGCUGGAGUUCUUGAAGAACUAUGAAGUUCAGGCAACAAGGAUUUACUCUGGCGAGAACGAAGCGGCUUGGAAUUAUGAAACGGACUUAAGCGAGAACAACAGGAAACUCUCCGUUUUAAACGCGACUUUCGCUAAAGCAUUCAGUGUUACUGCCAGCAAAAAUGCUUCUCUCAUUAAAGAUGUUGACUUAUCAAACGAUAUGGCACGCCAAAUUAGGAUCAUUCGCCGCAACGCCCUUCCUAAAUCACCAACAGACAUGAAGUUAAUAGACGACCUUAUUUCAAAUAUGACUAACAUUUAUAGCAGUGGAAAAUUAUGUACGAAAAAUGAAUAUAUCAACAAAACCCGCUGCAUGGAACUCGAUCCAGACCUCAAUGAUUUAAUGGCAAAGUCACGUGAUUACGAUGAGUUGUUAUGGGGUUGGAAAAGCUGGCGAGACAAGGUUGGUCCUCCGAUGAGACCGCUGUACGAAAAACUCGUCGUCCUUCUAAAUUCCGGAGCUCGUGAACAUGAAUGGGGAGACUACGGAAAUUUCCAACGAAGCGAAUAUGAAAUGGGAAAUGACUUCCAAGCAGCUAUCAAGAAGUUAUGGAAUGAAGUCCGGAUGUUAUACCAAGAACUGCAUGCUUAUGUGAGGUACAAAUUACGUGAGAAGUACCCUCAAGUACAAGUAAAUGGGAGCAUCCAGGCUCAUCUUUUGGGGAACAUGUGGGCCCAGGAAUGGAGUUUAAUCUAUGACAUCGUACAGCCAUUUCCCAAAGUUCCAUCUCUGGAUGUUACACCGAACUUAAUUAAGCAACAAUACACCCCCAAAAAGAUGUUUAAACUUGCGCAGUCGUUUUUUGUUUCCUUAGGUUUGGAUCCAAUGCCACAGGCGUUUUGGAAUAAAUCCAUUAUCACAAAACCUAAAGGAAAACAGAUAGUCUGUCACCCUUCGGCCUGGGAUUUCUGCAAAGGAGACGUUCGGAUAAAGAUGUGUACAGGAAUGACUCAGGAACAUUUGAUAACAAUUCACCAUGAGAUGGGACAUUGUGAAUAUGACCUCGCAUACAAGGACCUUCCGUACGCAUACAGAAGUGGUGCCAAUCCGGGAUUUCACGAGGCCAUUGGGGACACAAUUGCACUCUCAGUGGAAAACCCAAAGCAUCUUAAGUCCGUGGGACUACUGUACACAGUUGGAAAUGACUCAGAAGCAGACAUAAAUUUUUUGAUGAUGCAAGCCUUACGUCGUGUAGCUCCCCUUCCUUUCACAUUACUUGUGGACCAGUGGAGAUGGAAGGUGUUCUCGGGAAGGAUCACGCCUUCAAACUACAAUUCAGAAUGGUGGCGAAUGCGCAUGCAUUACCAAGGUGUCAUGUCACCAGUCCCUAGGUCGGAGAAGGACUUUGACCCGGGGGCUAAGUAUCACGUGGGGGCCAAUUACCCUUACAUCAGCUAUUUCGUGUCGCUCAUCCUCCAAUUUCAAUUCCAUCGCUCACUUUGUAAAAUUGCUAAGCACCAAGGGAGUCUACAUGAAUGUUCAAUUUACAAGUCAAAAGAAGCAGGCCAAAAAUUCAGAGAGAUGCUCGUCGCCGGGCGAAGCCGCCCUUGGCCCCAGACCCUUUACCACUUAACAGGCGAGCGCGAGAUGACAGCUAGCGCUCUAUUGGAGUACUUUGCCCCUUUACAACAGUGGCUUGUCAAGUAUCGCUUGGAAAAGGGAUAUCCUACCGGUUGGAAGAAACGGAAGACGGUUUCAAAUCCAGUAGUAAAUGGCGCAAGAAAAACUUUGUCAUCGACCAAGUCGAAUUCAUCCAUCACAAAACCUCAAGUGCUCCCUAAUGAAACACGGUCAGACCUUAAAGAGAAGGCUUCAAAACCCAGCAACAAGAACGGAACUGCCGAUGUGACAUUUCCGGAAGUAAAAAAAAAUGACGAUGCCAUUAACUUGGGCAAACCAGAUUUAAAAGCUGCCUUAGCAGCCAUGGGGCCAGUACUAAAAACCUCAGAAGAAAGCUCAGGCAAAGACAAGUCGCUCCUUGACCCCAAGUCUGACAUCUUAGGGGCUAAGCCAAUGUUUGUUCCCAAUAAAAUCAAAGAUCAAUUAGUGUUAGGUUAGGUGUUCCAGGGAUCCAUAAGGUAACAAAGAUGCAAACCCCCUUUUUUUCUCUGAAUGAAUUUCAUUCUGAUAAAGUUGGUCUUGGCGGGCAGUGCGAGCGGAGUUUUGGUGAAUAUUUCAAAGGAUUUUUAAAAUUGUUCUCUCGUCGGUAAUUAUGAUAUUUGAUUAUGAAACAGACUAGUCCCGCCACAUAGUAACCGUGUAACCGAUCAUAGUCGAAGAGGACUAGCUACAAUUGGACAAAAAGACUUAAGGGGUUGGGAUCGAGCCUUUGGAACCAUUGACUGAACCUUUCGUAGUGACCAUAU